AUUUAAACCACACCUUUUGAACACCGUAUAACAACAGUUUUCCUGAAUUGACAUAAUAAAUGUGUUAGAAGAUAUGUAAACUGGUAUCAUACAUGUGCGUUACUUUACACGGGAUCAUGCGAUUUGACAAACAAAUGAAGAACUGAAUGUAAGAGAUUCCAGAGCAGAAUUUAAGAGGUUUCAGAACAGGGUUUACGAGAUUUCAGUACACAAUAUAAGUGGUUUUAGAACAGGAUUUCAGAACAGAAUUUAAGAAGUGUAAAGUAGUGAUUUCAGAACAAAUGCUAUUGGAUAAUAACCACUGAAAAAGCCAUUUCAGAACAACUGCUUUCGGGAAUAACUACUAUCAACAAUAACCACUAAAAUCGGAUUUUGAUACAACUGCUGUCAAGAAUAAUCACUGAAAAUCGGAUUUGAGUACAGCAGUUGAGAAUAUCGAAUAAAAAGGAUCCAUGUUGAAAUUCAAAAUGCAAAGAAGAACAGAUAAACCUAAGCGACUUUCAUCACAUGACUUAAAACAAAGAGAGAUAACUCGAAAUUUCAAUCAUCUUGCGAAGCAGGUGUUGAUUCCACUGGAACGAGAAGCGCUGCAUAAAUUUAUUCGUAGAUAUCAGAGGAAUCGUAAUGUUUCUGAGUUAUAUCAGUCUAUGGUUUUUAUUCUCACGACUAAUGAAAAACAACAGUUGUUUCCAUACAUACGAUCUAUGAUACCGGAAUCAGACCGCAUUGAGUUUGAUCAUUAUAUGGCUUCGGAUCAGAAAGUAAGGAGAGAUUCUUAUAUUAAACUUAGUCCACCACCUACAAAUCAUGGAAAUUUUCUACAUCCAAGUUCAGCAGCCAGAAAGAGUGCUCCAACAUAUCAACAGAAUGUGAAAGUGAUUAUGUUAAAGAAUGAUAAAUCAUCAGAAACUCUAGGAUUUAGUAUACGAGGAGGAUUGGAAUAUGGUUUAGGGAUUUACAUUAGUCAGGUUGAUCCUUUAUCAGCAGCAGAUGUUGCUGGAUUAGAGGUAGGAGAUCAGAUAUUAGAGGUUAAUAAUAUAGAUUUAAAGAAUGUGGCAUUAAGUGGUGCUGUAGGAGUUUUAACUGGUUCUAAUAAACUUAAACUUGUAGUCAACAGAAUGAGAAAGGUUCCUGAAUGGAAGAAAUCUAAAGAAACCACAAUAUGGUUUGAUGUAAGAAAGAAGAAGAUGGUACCGCUGCCAUCAGAUGAAAGGAUGAUGGACAAUCAAACAAUCCGAGAAAGACUAGUUGUGUUGCGCGUGUUGAAAUCAUCAGAUUUUAUUGGUAUGAAUAUACGAGGUGGGAACGAAUAUAAUCUAGGAAUAUAUGUAUCUAGGUUAGAUCAAGGAGGAUUAGCAGAGAAAAAUGGCAUAUGUUUAGGAGAUCAGAUUGUUGCGGUAAAUGGAACAACUUUUGAGAAUGUGAAUCACACAUCAGCAGUUGAGUUUCUGAGAGCUCACAAAACAUUAAAACUCACCUUAAAGGCUGUAGGUAGAUAUCCUGCUUAUAAAGAAGUUUAUCAGGAAUAUACAUGGAGUGAGAGCAUGGGUCGUCUAGAUAGACCACCUCCAGAAAACAGAUUAACAGUCAAUGAAACACCGAUUAACAGUCGUUUCUCACUCAGACAGCAAGAAUCACCUCAGAUUCAGAGAAACCAUUAUAUUCAAAAUUCUACACAUCAAGGGAGGUUAUCCUUACAGAAGGAAGUUCUCCUUCCUAGAAAACAUGAUAUUACAUAUUCAGCUCCAUACGAAGAUGCUUGGACAUCUUCUGGCUUUGGUGAUGAAGAACAUAAUGGCAGUUCAGAAACUUUUACGAAUAGCAAUGGCCGACAUGCUCAGAAUGGAUUUAACACCGAUUACACAGAGAGUGAUUCAGGACAAGACGAUUAUACAACUUUCUUAGAACGUAAAGCAAAGCAGGACAAUGAGAAAUCUUAUUCAAGGGAGGCAACCCUUCGAGCACGACAUCACCCAGAACAUAAAUUAAAACUUGAAGAAAUGUCUACAAGUUUUAGUUCUCCACAGUUAAACAUAGCAGAAGAUGGUACAGUGCGGACGUACAUUUUACCAGAUCAGCAUCGGACACUUCAUCAAAGUCAACCUGAUAUACAAAUUACACAACCUACCGAAGAAUAUGCUCCGGUUCUUCGUAGACCAAAGUCUUCCAAAAACAAAGGAAUUAUGUAUGUCCAGAAUCAUGAUCAACCUGGAAACUAUGCAAGUCCAAUUUAUGCAGCGGUGCAAAAGAAAAAUCCGAAACCAAUUGAAGAAGCGCAUCAACCAUACAGACAGCAAAUGUCCAAAAGUACUCCCUCACUAGUCGUGAAAAAACCACAGCCGAGGGUUUAUUCUGCGUAUGACGAUUUCCACAUGUAUAAUCGUUCUCAGCGUCUAGAACAUUCUCGGGUUGAGGAUCCAGAGACUGACUAUGACGUGGACAGUAGUGAGGCUGUGGUAGUUUUUAGUGAGAAUGACAACGAUGACCCGAAACAUUCGUCUAAUGUUUAUAGUACUAUAGAAGAAGUCCCUCAUAUGAAUAUAGAGGAUGCUCAUUUAUCUGACGACGACGAAUUUGAAAGCUCUAAUGUAGAAAAUAGAAUUUUAUUAUUGGAGAACAGAAAAUCAAAUCUUGGAUCUUGUGAAAUAAGUCGAAUGGCAGACGAACCUACAUUAAAUGGUGCUAUUUCAAGUCCUCCUCCUAGCACUAGAAAAAAUAGCAAUGGUGCAUGGGCGACCAUUAAGAAAAAAUUGAAAGGAACAGAAAAGGGGAAAAAAAAGAAGAAAGAAAUAGAGGAUGCUCCUAGAAGCGUAUCUAAGAAGCGUGGAAUGUUUGAACAAAGUUUUGGUUCUCAGGUUGUGAACAAUCAUUGUGUGGAUAAUUACAAUAUGAUGAUGAUGGAAGAACAUGCUAGAAAUCUGCUUAAUGAAGAUGAAUGUGCUGCCGUUAUCAGACAUGUUAAAAAUUAUCAUGAGCAGAAAAACUUGGAGAGAUUAACAGAAGCCCUACUUCAGAUUCUUGAUACAUCGGAAAAACUACAACUGCUUAAAGAUAUCAGAGGAGUUAUCUACCCUUACCAUAUUGCAUUAUUUGAUACAAGAGUGAACAUCUAUGAGAUACAAGAAUAUGAACGAAUGUCUACAAAAUUACACCUGCCACUUCAUCACAACCACAAACAAAUAUCUAAACCACAGAAAAACUUAAUGACCACUGUUAUAGAUCUUACAGAUGAUGGUGGUCACUUUCAUAUUAAAACUGUUGACCAACAUAAACGAGACAUCGAUCAUGAGAAGGAAGUCAUUCAUGAGCUGAAGUCAAGUCAAAAUUUAAGCUCGGAUUCAGACUCAGAUAGUGGAAAAGAACAAGUAUAUGAUUUCACAAGGCAAGAUCCGGUAAGAAGAGACAAUUCUGAAGAUAGUAUAAUUGUUUAUAUUUCGAAACAAAAAUUACAUUUAGGUUUAUUAUUAACGGGUGGUGAAGGGGAAUACCCUUCUCCUGUUAGAGUAGAUAGAAUUUUACCUACAGGGGCUGCAGCAGAUGAUGCCAAUAUACAGCCUGGUAUGAUUCUAUUAUCUGUAGAUGAUCAAAGUUUAAAGUUCAAGUCGUUAAAUCAAGUUCAAGCUGCUUUAAAGAAAUCUUAUAAUAAUAAACGUAGUGUGGCCAUGAAAUUAGUUCUUAAACCUAUUAUACGAUAUUAAUCUUUAUCAAGGCAUUUAUUUACUUAUCAUUAUACUUAAAUAUCUCAAAGAAUUCAUACAAAAUUUAUACUUACUUAGUUAUCAAUAUGUUUAAUAUUUUAAUUGUUUCUUUCAUUAUUUUUUAUCCCAUUAAAUAUUUGUGAAAGAAAAUCACCCAUCAGUUAUGUUAUAUAAAUUAAUAAGAUAAUGUUUUUUUUUUAAAUUUGUGUUAUUGGUAAUUAUAAUGUUUAACGAAAAUGUAGAAGAAAUAGUUUUAAAUAAUGUGAUAUUUAGAUCUUGAUUUAUGAAGGUGCUAAAUGUUUGGCAUUUAAUAUUUGAGACUAGAAUAUAUAAGAUACAGAAAUUAAUAUAGCCGCUCGUCAUUUUAAUGAUUUUUAAUCCCUUACAAUAUUGUGAAA